AUGUGUGCUCGUUCGGGAUCACCAGGUAUCACAACAGACUCAACUGAAUCUCUCGUUCAUGGUAUUCUACAACUGAAUGUGCUGCACACAGGCCGCGUCAUGUUUCAGUUGGCACGAUUCAAGCAGAACAUAAGGUUGACAGAAACUCGGGGACUGCGCCUACCUGAUGAGCCCCAAGAAGAGCGAAACCGGUUGUGGGCUAUCGAAGUUUUCAGAAACCUUCGUACACAGGAGUCAUUGUUGAAUUUUAUCACUCCAACAUAA